CUCUCUUUUUUUUUUCUAUUUCUUUAUUCUUUCAAGCAUCCACAUCCUCUCUCUCUCUCUCUCUCUCUCUCUCUCUGUAUUUCUUUCCUUUUCCUUUCUCUGAAAUUGACUCCAAAGCAAUCUAUCAGCAACCCAGAACCCUUCUAUAGAUCAACGGAAUGCUUUAUACGGUUACACUCAUCACCACCGUUUGCGCGUUUGUGCUAUUGUUGCUGGUCAACCUGGGCACAACGUUUGAUUCGAGCUUUUUACCAAAGAUCUAUUUGAUUAAAGUCAACGAGUCGGUCACCCACCACUACAUCACCUAUGGCAUCUAUGAUUCGUGUCUGUAUAAUAAUACGCAGGAUGCUCAGACACUGGUGUCGUGCACACCCAAAGCACCUGGUUACUCAUUCGAUGCUCGACAAUUCGCAGAGCUUUGUGGGGCGAAUAUGGACGAUGAAACAUCCAUCAAGAUAUAUACAGAUAUACUGGACCGUAUCAACCUAAAGAUAUUUCAAACAGCCGUCUUGAUUCUACCCGCCCUGAUCUUUGCUGUCAUCGCUUUAGUGUGUACACUCAUUCUCCGUCAAUAUCGUCAAAACACCCUCACACCGUGGAUAGGCGCCUUCAGUUCCUUACUGGGCUUUUUCUCGGGUGCAGCAGGUCUUGCAUUGAUCAUGGCCACCUUCUGGAAGGGGCUUGACCUGUUGGAACAACGCAUUGAAGGACUCUCGCAUCAAUGGGGACCCUCCAUCUAUUUGACAGGGAUGGGUCUUGCUUGCUUGAUCUUGUCUCUUGUCUGUUUCCUCCUCCGUCUCUGCACGCAUCAGAGAAAGUCAGGUUCGACGCAUAGCCGAGACACGCUUCAACUGUACGAUUACGAUAGGAGCCAACGUCACCAUCAGCAACAGGCAGCCGCCGAUGCCUACUCACCGUGGACAGCCCUCGACUCCUCCAGCCCGACACGGAUGUUGGACCCUAGCCCUACAGCCCAAGGAACGUCACCACCGCCCAUGAAGCAACGUGAUAGUGGCUACGACUAUGUGCAUGCUAUCACUACCUCUCCGAUGGAAUCACAACAGCCUUACCCUUCCUAUCCACCCUACCAAGAUCCGUAUAGGCAACAUCCUCCUUCUCCUCCUCAUGCCUAUUAUCAACCCCCACCGACAGGCAACUAUUUUUGAUUUCUCCCUCUCCCAUCAACAGUGGUGACAGCCUUCCAUCCCACUCUGCUGCUGUUGUAGUAUAAAAUAUACCUGCUCUUGUUUUUUCAACGCUAGUUGCCUUUAAUAAAAAGAAAAGAAAGACAUUGUUUCAUCCUCCCCUUUCUAUCAUUGUGUAAGCUUCAGGUGUGUUUGUAUU